CUCCCGUCCUCCCCCUGCCUCCAUGGGGUGACCACAGCCAAGCCCUGAAGCACGCGCAGCUCCUGGGGCACCCCAGGGUGCCUACAGAGGGGGGAGCUCACAGCAGCCCCCCAGCACCGGGACCUCCCCAGGGUGCAGGGUGAGGCAGGGCCCCCCCAGGGGGGCGAGGCGGCGGUGGCGGCGGUCGCUUUGCAGCCGGCCUGGCCCUGCCUCCCCCGGCUUGGCUUUGCACACGAGUCCCCGGCGCUUUCACACGGCCGCCACCGAGGCCACCGGCUGCCACCAGCGCCCGCCACGCACCCACCGGGGUCACCGGCCCCGAUGGCGGCCGGCGAGGAGAAGCGGCACCUUCUGACCGAGGGCGCAGCGGGCUCCUACCUGGGGACAGUUGAGGAGAACGGGCACAGCUCGCUGCAGGGCCAGGCGCCCGCCCUGGAGCUGGGCACGCGGCGCAGGCGGCACUGCCACGCGCCGGGGGCUGCCGACCACCCCGGGCAGCAGCAGCGGGCGCGCAGGAAGCUCUACGUGGCCGCCGGCAUCUGCCUCGUCUUCAUGGUGGGGGAAGCCGUGGGCGGGUACCUGGCUCACAGCCUGGCCAUCCUGACGGACGCCGCCCACCUCCUGACGGACUUCGCCAGCGUCAUGAUCAGCCUCUUCGCCCUCUGGGUGUCCUCGCGCCCCGCCACCAAAACCAUGAACUUCGGCUGGCACCGGGCAGAGAUCCUGGGGGCCCUGCUCUCCGUGCUCUCCAUCUGGGUGGUGACGGGCGUCCUGGUGUACCUGGCGGCCCAGCGCCUGCUCUCGGCCGACUACGACAUCGAGGGUGGCGUCAUGCUCAUCACCUCCGCCUGCGCCGUGGCCGUCAACAUCGUGAUGGGGGUGGCUCUGCACCAGACGGGGCACGGGCACAGCCACGGAGCGCCGGGUGAGCAGCCCAACGCCAGCGUCCGCGCCGCCUUCGUCCACGUGGUGGGGGACCUGCUGCAGAGCGUCGGCGUCCUCAUCGCGUCCUACAUCAUCUUCUUUAAGCCCGAGUACAAGUACGUGGAUCCCAUCUGCACCUUCCUCUUCUCCGCGCUGGUGCUGGGGACAACGCUGACCAUCCUCCGCGACGUCCUCCUCGUCCUCAUGGAGGGCACCCCCAGGGGCAUGGACUUCAACGCCGUGCGGGAGACGCUGCUGGCGGUGGGCGGCGUGGAGGCCGUGCACAGCCUCCACAUCUGGGCGCUGACGGCAGCGCAGCCGCUGCUCUCGGUGCACAUCGCCAUCAACGCGGGCGCCAACGCGCAGGACGUGCUGGAGGAGGCCAGCUCGCGGCUGCAGCGCGCCUUCCGCUUCCACACCACCACCAUCCAGGUCGAGAGCUACUCCGAGGACAUGCGGGACUGCCGCCAGUGCCAGCCCCCCCGCGACUGAGCCCCCACCCCGAGCCCCAGCGACCUCGUCCUGCUCCCACGAACUUUUAAUGGGAGGAAAAUAAACCAGAGCACGCGGC